UUUAAGAUGCUGACUUGUUUAUGUUGCAGGGACAAGUGGAGGACUUUCGCUCGCUCUUGCACUUUACUUUGAAGCUUGUGUUUCAGGGUUAACUUGUCGGCUUUGUCGCCGGCGGAGGGAGCGUGGAGUCUGUUCUGCUGCUGAUUUGUGGUUGACAGAUAUCUGCAGAUAGCUGAGAGAGUGUGGCUGACUGACUCACUGAGCGGUUUGAUAAGCAGGGUUGAGGCAGGGAGUUUAGUUCAGUCGAUGACAGGUCGGUGGGCAGGCCUCACCCCCCAGCAGCUCUCUGUCCUGUGCCCGCUCCUGCUGUCCUGGGCAUAUAAACACAUAAAGGACACAGACGAGGAGGAGGAGGAGGAGUAGGGUCAACCAUGGAGCUGUAGGGACACGCUCAGAUGCCCGUGCGGAUCACCAGUGCAGGAGGAGUGCCGCUGAGGAGAAGAGCUCUGCAAUGAACAAGACCAAGAGGAAAUCCAGCGACAGCCCUGCUGUGCUGAAGAGCAGGAAACUGGUCCAGCGGAGGAGGAACACAUGUCCCAGUCCUCAGGACAUCAGCCGGGCCCUGCAGAGCCCCAGCUCCCCUUCCAGCUCCAGCGCUGCCAGCCUGGAUGAGCUCAUACAGCGCUGCCUGAACUGCUUUGAUUCCGAGGGGAAGCUGUCCAGCCCCAGAGGGUCACAGCUGGUCCAUGUGACGCUGAUGAUGCACAGUUGGGUCGUUCCAUCUCAGACCUUCGCCCAGAAACUUCUCGCCCUUUAUAAGGACGGUGCGCUGGACAAGAGAGGACAGAGACGGGCCCAGAUCUGCCACCUUGUCAGGCAGUGGAUCAGCCAGUUCCCGGCCGUGUUCGAGGCAGACCCAAUGCUUGAGCAGACCAUGGGGGACCUGUGGGCGCUGGUUCGGUCGGACGGAGAGGAGACGCAGUCGCAGCUCAUCGACUCCUCCUGCUUAGGCCCUCAUGCGAAUGCAUCCCAGGCACCCUCACCCUCGGUGAAGAAGAGGAAGGUCUCUCUGAUCUUCGACCACAUGGAGCCGGAGGAAAUGGCCCAGCACAUCAGCUACCUGGAGUUCAAGAACUUCUGUAACGUUUCAUUCAUGGACUACCGCAGCUACGUGGUGCGAGGCUCGGUGAGGGACAACCCCGCCCUGGAGCGGUCGGUCAUGAUGUGCAACGGCGUCUCGCAGUGGGUCCAGCUGAUGAUCCUCAGCAGACACACGGCCCAGCAGAGGGCGCAGGUCUUCACCAAGUUCAUCCACGUGGCUCAGAAACUCCGGUCUCUGCAAAACUUUAACACUCUAAUGGCUGUAACCGGAGGCCUGUGUCACAGCUCCAUCUCCCGCCUCAAGGACACAUCCAACCUGCUGCCUCCUGACGUCACUAAGGCCCUGAGUGAGAUGACGGAGCUGCUCGCCUCGCGCAGCAACUACAGCAACUACCGGCGCCUUUACAACGAGUGCAGUGGCUUCAAGGUGCCGAUCCUGGGCGUCCACCUGAAGGAUCUGAUCUCGCUGAACGAGGCCUUGCCCGACUACAUCGACGGGGACAAGAUCAACCUGAGCAAGCUGCAGCACCUGUACAGCAACAUCAACGACCUGCUGGCCAUCCACAGCUGCACGCCGCCCUUCGAGGCCAACAAAGACCUCCUGCACCUGCUCACGCUUUCUCUAGAUUUAUACUACACCGAAGAUGAGAUCUAUGAACUUUCGUACACCAAGGAACCCAGGAACCCGAAGAUCCAGCCUGUAGCUCCGGUGAAACCUCCGGUGGUGGCCGAGUGGGGCUCGGGAGUCAACCCCAGGCUCGACCCCGACACCAUAUCGAAACACGUCAAACAGAUGGUGGAUUCCAUCAUGAAAAACUACAACCAGAACCAAGAUGGCUACAUCUCACAGGAGGACUUUGAGAAGAUUGCCGCCAACUUCCCUUUUUCCUUCUGCACCCACGAAACCGAAAGGGAAGGACAAAUCAGCCGUGAGGAGAUCACCUCUUACUUCAUGAGGGGAAUGUCCAUAUGUGCCAAGCUGGGCUACAACUUCAGAGACGUGCACAACUUCCACGAAACCACGUACAAACGGCCGACGUUCUGCGACACGUGUGGAGGCUUUCUGUGGGGAGUCAUCAAACAGGGCUACCACUGUAAAGACUGUGGGAUAAACUGCCACAGACACUGCAGAAACCUGGUGGGAAUGGAGUGCUUGAAGAAACACAAAAACACGACCGGGUCCUGUCCGUGCACCCCCGCCCCUGACUCCAGAACCAAAGGCAAUAGCUGGAGUUCAGAGGAGGAGACCUUUGUUUUCCCCCAAAGUAACGAGACGGAACAGGACAAGGGCUCCUCGGUUUGGAAAAACAACAGCAGUGAUUCUUCGCUGUCGGACCGCUCCACUCAGACGGAUCCCGGCGUGUGGACGCCUCAGAAAAAGGACAAGAGGGGAAACAACCACAACACUCUGGUGAACGGAUCUCCAGACAAAAGGGCCAACACGCUGCCCCCGAGAAGCCGAGGCGGCUCCAUGCCCGUUUCCUUCCUGCAGGAGAAGAUGGAGGAGCUGCAUCUCUACAAAGACAAGAGCAGAGAGCCGGACUGAGCGCUCGCGUCUUCCUAACGUUUCCCCACACGGACAAAAACGCCCAGACGCCACCACGUGUGUGACAGAGCUGCGUCGGACUGGUGUUGAACUCAUGAGAUUUUACUGGCCAGCAGUUAUAAAUGGACUCCUUCGUGUUCGUCACGUGUUUUUAAUUUUAUUUCUGUCAAGUCUUGUUGGUUUGUCAAGUUGUUCAGGCUUCAAACAUCCGAUUCUACUGUAAUUUAUGAAACGUCUCACUUUGUUUUUCGAACUCGUGCCUUGGUUCUCUGGUGCUAAGAUUCUACACAACCUCAGAAGAUCACUCACAGAAUCACAACCUACAGACACGCAACUGUUUCCUGAUCAAAUAUAUGAAAUUUACAUUCAGGGUCGGAAAUUAACACUAACUUCAACAUAUUAGUUAAAAUAAAUUUUAACUCUGGCAGCUACAGUAUCGGAGAACUUUGUCUGGGAUCAUAUGAUGGUGAUAUGACGAUGGUCUGUUUCUUUCUCUCUGGUUUUAUUUGGUCUGACAAUCCGUCAAACCACUGCAGCCCUUUAUUUUUUUAAUGGUAACUCUCGAUUGCAGUUUUGUUUUAAAAAACUAACAUGGCAUUGUUCAUCUGGUUUCUAUGAAAUUUCCUGAAAAUGUUUCUUUUUUUAUUUGCUAUUACACAAAAGUUUGUUCAUGUCGUCCACCACUAGUUUGGCUGGUAAAUAUUGAAAGAAGCCCGUGGAGCCUGGUCUAUGUGGCGUGUGGAUCCCCGACCGGAGUCCGGCUGGGUUCAGAUACAACAUUUUGAAGAGAUAUUCAGGUCCAGGUCGGGUUCGGUCCCGUUAGCUGUGUUUUCUACUUGAUUUUUUUACACCACGUGUGCUUGUAAUCAGGGAAACAUCAGGCUUGGGUCGGGUUCAGACACAACAACCAGUCCGGUUCAUUGUGUCUUCUCUCAGCGGAACUCAACUCUAAAUCCAUCAGCCACAUUAGCAAGCAGCAAAAAAAAAAAAUGUAUUUCCUGAUCUGAGUUUUUGAAUUACAGAAUUCUUGAAAAGGUCAUGGGGGUUCAGCAGGACUGCACUGGAACUACGUCUGCUCCGAAAAUUGUCUUGUUUUAAGCUCGAUGUGUUUUUAUUGUCUGUUGUUCACAAUUUCAAUUUUGCUGAAAAUGAGAAAAAAAUACACCGAUAAUAAUAAUAAA